UGCAGUGAGCCGGAAUCCCCUGGAUGGGCUUGGGGUGGCUGGUUGUGUUUGGUGCAGGCUCUGUGGGUGUGUUUGUGUGUGUGUGUGUGUGGCAUUCCUAGAUUAUCCAGGAGUGUUGGAGGCUGGGCCAGCAGCAGGGGGUGGAGAUGCCUCCGAGCACGUAAAGGAUGCUGUGAAACUUUGAGCCAAGCCAGAGCUUUGCAGGAAGGGAGCGAGAGAGUUUGGGGAAGAGGCCAGCCCUGUCCCAUCCGUCGAGAGGCCGCUGGAGCACAGGAUGGGCUUGGACAGCCGUUGUCAAAGGACCAUGUCGGGAUCCUCCGAUCCAGAGAGUGGCCAGGGGGCCUCUCCCCUGCCACCCCCUCCCUAUGCUGGGGAAGGGGCUUUAGAGCUGCGGGGGUCACUGGACUGCUGGGCUUGUGCAGUGCUGGUGACCCUCCAGAAUUUGCUGGUGGGGGUGCUCAACCUCCUCUUGGUGGGGGUCGUCUUCGGAGUCAUCUUGUUCCCCGCAGGGGUCCUCUUGGGAUUUGGAUUCCUGUGCCAUUCCAAGUUUGUGAACACCCAGGCCCAAUAUUGCACAGCCCACCUGCACGAUACCGGCUCCGUUGCUCUCCUUGUGGUCGGAUUCGCCCUGCUGGUGCCCCUCCUGGUCUUGGCGCUGGCAGCCUAUUGCCGUGUGGCACGCCGCCUACAGCUCGGCUACUGCCUCAUUCCCUACAGCAAGGCUGUCUACAAGAACCUGCCCGCCUCUCGCUAUCAUGGCUCCAGAUGCUGCUGCUGUACCCAGGAUCUUGACUCCGUGGAGAAAGUUUGGGUUUGAGAUUGGAGGAGGAAGGGAGGGGUGGUUUGGGACUGGGUGGGGCAUAGAAGUAAGUGGGGGAGGGAGAAUGGAAGGAGUCUGUUAAGAAGCAUCUUCUGAGAAAUCUGGGCUGGAGAGCUCGGGGGGACUGUUCACCUCACCCCUGCAACAACCAGGGGCUACUUUGCAGCAGCGAGAUGGGCCACGGUGCAUCAGGCACUCCCUGAACACAGGCUCACAGGUGUGCACUCCUACAAAGAGUGGGGAGAGAGGUGCUAAAUGCCAUCCGAGACUUGUGUAUCCACUACCAGGGGGGGCGGGGGGGAGAGGAAAGCGGAUUUGGCUAUUUGCACAAGAAUUGCAGCACCAAAAAAUAUCCUUCCGUGGAUCAUAAGCAAUUCAGCCUGGAAAAGGAUCCAUACAUGACUUUGCCUGACUCUGGGAGUGGGGCAGGGAAGCAGAUGCACCCCCACCCCCCACUGUCUGGUUACUACAUAUUUUUGAGUGCCUCCAGGGAUCUUAACAGGCAGCCCCGCUUCCCCCCAAAAAGAGCCAGAGGGGUGCUGAUCUCAGAUUGUUUCUCUCAUUGCUGAAUGGGAGUUGUUUAUAUGUGGGAAAUUUGACAAUUAAUCCAUUCUAGAAGUUGGGAUGUGGCUGAUGUAAGUGAAGUGGGCAAACGGAGGGAGGGAGCUUUCUACCCCAGCAAGAAGUUCACCUGCGGCCAGUGGAACUCACUGGGACAUGAAACCCACCUGCAGUUCUGAGACUGGCCAAAUGAUAGGAAAUGGAGGCUGGAAAAUAGCCCCAUGGAUUGUUUUGCAGCAAUAUCAGAACUUCAGCGCCACAGAAGUGCCCAAGGUGAGGAGUGGUCUUCACCUGCAUCAAGGGUGUGGGCUGCAGAUCUUGCACUCAUCGGCUUUUUGCUGUGCUUGCCUUGAAUUCUUGCAAUAUUCACACACGUAUGCAAAGUUUCUGCUUGGCUCAGGCAUUGUUGCAGGCAUAAUUAUGCCCCAGAAAUGUAUUCAGACCAUUUUUUUUCCAAUAUACUUUCUUUAUUUGC